AUGGCGUCAUAUGUGUACUUCAAGUUCAAGUCGCAGAAAGAGCCGCAACGUGUAACCAUCGAUGGCCCUCACACUGAUGUCUGGAACCUCAAACGUGAGAUCAUCACCAUCUCUCGUCUAGGAGAUGGAACCGACUUUGACCUGAAGAUAUACAAGGAGAACAGUAAUGAAGAGUACACCGACGACACCGAAAUCAUCCCUAAAGACUCAACAGUCCUCGCCCGAAGACUCCCUGCUUCUGCCCCCGGUAAAGGUCGUGCCGCUCGAUAUGUCUCUGGCAAACCCCCGGCGAGUGCCAAACCCUCUCACAAUGCUGCGAAAGCUCUGAAGGCGGUGGAAAUCAAUAGCUCGAUGACAGAGUUGGAGAAGCUGGAGGCCUUUUCAAAAUUUACCGACGCACAGUGGCAACAAAAACAAGAGGAAAUGUCUCAUGAAACCCGUGUGCCAAUGUCAGGAAAACCGUUCAACAAAAAAGCAAAUAUACCCGAAGGUGAACCACCUCAUGGAUAUAUUUGCUACCGUUGUGGAAAGAAAGGCCACUGGAUACAGGCAUGUCCAACCAACGACGAUGCCAAUUAUGACAACAAAAACCGCAUCAAAAGAACAACCGGUAUCCCUCGUUCCAUGUUGAAGAAGAUCGAUCAAUCAGAUGUCGAUAAACUAGAUGAUGCUCAACGCCAGAAUCUCAUGGUCAACGCUGAAGGGGAUUACGUUUUUGCUCAAGCAGAUGAGAAGGCUUGGAGAAAACAUCUUGAGCAGGUCAAGGCCUCUGAAGCUGCUCAAAAGAAAGUGCAAGUUGGUAACAAAGAGCUACAAGAUCGGGGCUUGGAAUGCUCGAUUGACAAACGUUUGUUUGUAGAUCCAAUGAAGACACCUUGUUGUGGGAAAACGUACUGCCACGAUUGUAUUGAAAAUGCCUUGCUUGAGAAUGAUCUCACAUGUCCGGGUUGUGAGACGGAGAAUAUCAGUCUGGAGCGUCUUGAACCUGAUGAAGAAACAAAAACAAAAAUCAAGGAGUAUCAAGCAGAAAAGACAAAUGAAAAACCAAGGUCUAGAAGUCCAACGGUGGCUGGUGAUUCACCAAAGGCGGUUAAUACACCCACCAAAUCUCGAACUGGUUCACAAGAUGGAACCAUGUCACCACACUCGAACAAUGGGCAUUCUAGAAAAAGAAAUGCAAGUGAUGUUGACGGAUCUAUUGUAUCUGAGAGUCUUAUUGCGCCUGCCAUGAAACGCCAAAAAUCAGGAGACGCAGUGUCCACAUCCACGCCAAAAGCAGACGUCGAUACUGAGAAGCAGAAUUCUUCAAAGGACGAUGUUUCCCAAAAAGAUGGUUCGACAGAGAAGAAUGCAACUGACAGUAGUAAUAAUACACUACCCGAGAACAUGAUGCCCCCUGAUAUGGCGCAAAUGAUGCAAGGCAUGAAUUUCCCCAUGAUGCCCAAUUUCAAUCCUUUCAUGAUGAAUCCAAUGGCUAUGAACAUGGGGAUGAACAUGAAUAUGGGAAUGAAUGGAAUGAAUAUGAAUACCAUGAACUCAAUGAAUCCCAUGAACUGGAUGCAGCCUAACAAUUUUGGUAUGCCCAAUGGUAUGAACGGGAUGAAUAACAUGUUUCCAAAUAACAUGAGCUUCGACGGUGCCAAUAACCAAGGCUUUGGUAAUCAGAAUCAAAAUCAGAACUGGAAUGCGAACGUGAACGCGAACAUGAACCAAAACCAGAACAAUGCUCCAACAGGCCCGCGACAAAAUGGCUACAACAACCGACCGCAUCGCAACCAGAACUUCAACAAAGCCCCAGCAGCACAACCAAGUGUACCAGGUGCGCCCACAGGGCCCAAAGCACUGCAAAACCAGAAGCAGAACAACAAUCAAAACUUCUACCCACCAAUAGGGCCAGCGGAGAACAAGUUCUCCAAUCAGCAGCGUCAUGUCGGGAACGAGGAGGACAACGCCUAUAUGCGACAACCUGUCAAUCCGCAUCGUCAUGUCAAUCGGAAUCGCAGAGCGAGACAGGCGGAUUAUCGAGAACUGUGA